CCCUUUCGGCCUCCAGCUUACCCUCAAAACCAGCCUUUGCCCUCAGAGGACAAAAAACUAACAGACAGCAAUUUCGAGUCCAGCCAUGGGAGCACUUGGAGGUUUUCUUGUCACCUUCCUUUUCCUUGGAGUAGCAGCGUCAGGAGAUGGUUUUGAUCUCUCUGAAGCUCUUGCCACAAAAGCUCCUCAGAGAAAUCCAAAAAAUCAAGAUUGUCCAAAUGAUGCCCGAGACAUUGUGUUGCUGAUUGAUGGGUCAAGCAGCAUUACACCUAGGGAAUUCCUUGCACUGAAGUUGUUCGUUGGACUCUUCUGUAACUUCUUUCCUGAAGAUACUCUGUUCUCCCUCCUGCAGUUCUCCAACACCUUUCGGGAGCAUUUUGACUUCAGACAUUUCCAAAACCAUCGAAACCUAAACAACCUGCUACAACACGCCAGACAGCUGGGUGGCUCUUCCUACACGGCCACUGCCAUCAAGAAAGCUGUGGAGCAGUUCACCCCACAGAAAGGCGCUCGCAGCAACGCCAAGAAGUUCCUGGUGGUCGUGACCGACGGGGAGAAAGCCGGGGACCCCUUGGAGUAUGCAGAGGUCAUCCCGGAGGCUGACAGGGCUAGAAUCACACGCUUCGCUGUUGGGGUUGGUCCGCUGUUCUCAAGCCGAAUAGUCCAGCGGGAGCUUCACGCCAUGGCUUCCCACCCUGCCACGGAGCAUACCUUUGUCCUGAGACAGUUCUCAGAUCUCAUAGAUAUCCAACUGAAAGAGAAGAUUUGUGCCAGUCACGGCACCACGGUUCCACAGCCCACAUUAGCACCCCCGAUUUCCUGUGCCUCAUGCUCUGAUCCCCAAGUGCUGCAGAAACUGGAGCAAGUGAUGCGAGCCCUGGAUCAAGUAAAAUCCAAGCUGGACCUGCUUGUUGCCAAGGAUGGGAAAUGUUAGUUCACACGGUUAAUGUAGUUGCAGCAGGAGGAGAGUGAUGGAAAGAAAAAUGGGACAAGCUUAGAGAGUUAUAUUUGAUUCAGACUAAACCGAGGAGCUAAACCUGACUGAAUUUAAUCUGGAUUCCAAUAUGAUGCUGAAGAUCCUUUGAGGCCAAUAAAACCAUUAGAUUAUCA